CGGCGAUUGGCACAGCACCAGGAGGCAGCAGCAGGAAGGAAGAGGCGAUGAGCUCCUGCAAGGAGAGGAGCGGUAAGAACACGAAGAGUUGGACGCCGAUCGUCCACCUCAACGUCGGCUUUGUCGUCGGCGUCCUCUUCGUGCUCCUCACCUUCCUAGUUUUCUCGCAAAAGGCUGCGAUCAGCGGCCUCAAUGUUGCCACUACGGUCGCACAACCGUCGAUUAAAGGUCCUGGUGAAACAUUCGUCACUUCGGGCGUGCAGAUCCAAGGUUCAGGUGGAUCAGCAGAGAAGGGCACUGUGGUGUACAACACCAAGGGCGGCUACUCCGAAACCUGCGAAGUCGACGGCGACGUCCGGAUCAAUUGCUCAGCCCUGUCGGUGUUCCUCGUCCCGACCGCCUCGUCGGAGCGCCACGAGUGGAGCAUCCUGCCGUACUCGCGCAAGACCAUGCCCGGCAUUAAGAACGUCACCGUUGCGCAGCUUCAGGGCCCGGCCGCCGCCCCGGCGUGCACGGUGACCUACGGCGUGCCGGCCGUCAUCUUCGCGCUCGGCGGGCUCACAGGCAACUUCUGGCACGACUUCAGCGACGUGCUGGUGCCGCUGUUCGUCGCGUCGCGGCGGUACGGCGGCGAGGUCCAGUUCCUGAUCACCAACAUGCAGCCAUGGUGGCCGGAAGCCUACAGGACCAUCCUGCGGGGUCUGUCCAAGUACGACGCCGUCAACCUCGACGGCGACGAGCACGUCCGGUGCUUCCCGCACGUCACCGUGGGGCUCCACCAGCACAACGGCCUGAGCAUCUUCCCGGAAUGGGUGCCCGGAGGACCCCUCUCCACGCACGACUUCACCCGGUUCAUGCGCGAGGUCUACGCGCUCCCGCGCGACGCGCCGGCGAGCCUGGUCCGGGAGCCGGAGAAGCGGCCGCGGCUGCUGCUGGUCCACCGGGGUCACAGCCGCCGGAUCAUGAACGAGCAGGAGGUACUGCGGGCGGCGGAGGCGGCGGGGUUCGAGGCGGUGGCGGUGGAUUUCCGGCGCGACGUGACCGUGGACGAGCAGGCGCGGACGGCGAACUCGUUCGACGUGCUCCUGGGCGUGCACGGCGCGGGCCUGACGAACUUGGUGUUCCUGCCGCCGGGCGGCGUGCUGGUCCAGGUCGUGCCGUACGGGAGGAUGGACGUGAUCGCGACGCUGGAGUUCGGCUUGCCGGCGAAGGACAUGGGGCUCAGGUACAUCGACUACGAGGUGAGAGCGGAGGAGAGCACGCUGCUGGAGAUGCUGGGGCCAGAGCACCCGGCGAUCAAGGACCCGGACUCCGUGCACCGCAGCGGGUGGGACAAGAUGACCGAGUUCUACCUCGAUAAGCAGAGCGUGCGCAUUAACAUCACUCGCUUCGCGCCCACUCUGGCGCAAGCGUUCGACUGCCUACGCCAGCAGUAGACAAACAGUCAUGGAUGCUGAAGAGGCGGAGGCCAUGGCGUGCCUGGAAGGAAUAAGAUUGGCAGCAAGGUGGCCUGAACGUGACAUGAUACUAGAAGCAGAUUGUUCGUCGGUGCUGGAGAAACUCAAGUCUGGAGGUACAGACAGAUCUUUGGUGCCACCUUUAAUCCUCGAUGCCUUGAAGGAGAGUGCUCAUCUGCAUAGUGUUCUGCUUUGUCAAGAUAGGGAGAGAGCAGAAUAAAGUAGCGCAUGAGCUAGCUCAUCUAACCAUCCGAUCGAGUAGAAGUUGUGUUUAUUUCGCUCAUUUUCCAGAGUGUAUUGACACUCUAGUGUGUGAAGACCUCUCUUGAUCAAUAAAGC